GCAGCAGCAGCAGCAGCAGCAGCGACUUGACACUCUUUUCGCUCGUAUAAUAAUUUACGAUGUGCACGCCGCCCGCGCGAUACCACCGUGACGACGACGCCACGGCGCACAGUGAGCGCUCCCUUUUCCCCUCGGUGUAACAUGUGAAAAACAAUAACUAUGGCGUAUUCCGUGAAUAUCUCUAUAGAAGCGCCGAUCGAGAACCAAAUACAAGAAAUCUCUUACGAUGGACAAGAGAUAUAUCAAGCGCCUCUUACAUUGUCAGAGAACUUGGCAAAGAUUGCUCAAAAGAUUGACUUUAGCAAAACAAACGGUGAUGAAAUAAGCAAGGAACAAUUGGAGGGUGGUGAAAAGAGUGAAGAGGAUCCAAAAGAUUCAGCCUCGUUCCAAUCCUCCUUGUGGCCAUGGGAUAGCAUUAGGAAUAAAUUAAGGAGUGCAUUGACAGAAGUUUGUGUAUUAGCUGAUGUUCUCGCGAUAGCAAAAGAAAAAAAUUAUAUGGUGCUAGAUCCAGUACCUCAAGAUCCAGUUGAAGUAAAGCCUAUGAUGCAAGUGUAUGCUAGGAAGAAGGCACUCACAGGGGCUGCAAAUCUUAUUAUUCAUGGUGCCCAAAGACUACAGAAUAGUCAAGCUGAAUUAACCAAAAAUAGAUCCACUCCUGACUUUCAUAUUGAGUUAUUAAGGUUACGGCAAAAUUGGCGCCUGAAGAAAGUGGCAAAUUCUAUUAUUGGUGAUCUCAGUUAUCGAACUGCUGGUUCAAAGUAUACACAAACAGGCAUGUUUGAAGUUACUAAGGCUGAGGAUGAGGAAAGAAGUAAUAAUAGCCCGCCAGCAUCUCCUAAUGCUGGUGGCAGUACAUCAGGGCAGCCUCAUGGUCCCUCAAAUUCAAAAGCUUCUGCAUUGCGCGUGACUAUACCUAGUGAACUUCAAGGUGUAGCUUAUAUUGAAGUGUUGUGUCAGAAAGAUCAAGAAGAUCUGUGCAGUGCGAAUAUAAGUCUGCUUAAUAGCAGCACCAAUAGUUCAAACGCAGACAUGCAUUGGCAACAGAAAUUAGAAGCAGCGCAGAAUGUGUUGUUUUGCAAAGAGUUGUUUAGUCAAUUAGCGCGGGAAGCUGUACAUUUACGCGCGCCUAUACCUCAUAUGGUUGUAGGAAAUCAAAUAAUGGCUACGGUACUUCCCGGAAUUCAAUUAAUAAUCGGCCUGUGCCAUAGCACAGGCAACGACAAGAAACACACGGCUCCAUCGCCGCACAAAACUGAUCACGACCACGUAUUGGAGCAUUCCUUACAUCAAUUGCUGCGCGAAGUACAUCACAAGAACACACACCAUCCAUUGCCGCAUCCUUCUUCGGGGCCGCUCGGCCCCAGCAAACGUAGAUGCUUAGCUGGCCCCACCGCAGCCGAUAGAUACGAGCUCCUGGAAAUGGCGAAAAGUCAAACGUUACUAGAACAGAUUAUUCAACAGGCGCAGCAUUUCUUCAUGCGUUUACGUACCGAAUAUGUACUAGACACGAUAGCGAAGGAGGUGAAAGAUCCUCUCAUCGUUUCGCAUUGGAAUGCGCUCAAUUCGCCGACGCAAUCCUGCGUGAAGAUCAAUAUUCUCACGCACGGCUACGACAGUGUGUGCCGAACAUCGCUAGUCGUCCAUGUCGGAGAGAAGUCGUUGAAAUGUAUUUGCCGCGAUGGUAGGGUUAUGCAUAUGAGCUAUGAGCCUCAGGAGCUGAGGGAUCUAAUUUUCUGUCAGAUUUAUCAGCAUCAGAUUACCGCGGUGCAAGCUUUGGCCAAAUGUAUGGGCUGGCAGUUCUUAGCGAAUAGUUCUCACCUUGGCGUGGGUUCAGUGGAGCCUCUAGGAAAUGCCAGCAGUUGUAUUUUAGCCUCGCCGAUUGGAGACAGAAUGAUAGCUGUGCGAUGUGAGCCGCAAACCGGCGUGCAAGUCUCCAUCGCUCACUCUCCUCGAAAAGAUUUCUUCCCGGGCCAACUUGUCCGAGAGAGGAAGUGGGAAAACUUGGGUGGCUCUUUCAAGGAGGUCAGAUGGGACAAGAUGGAGGGAAAAAAUUUUCUUAACAAAAUGGAGCUACUUAUGGCUUCUUUAACGAGUUCUUAAGUAAUGCGAAAUUAUCGGCAAGGAGCAAUUAUUUUCAAAAUGAUAUUCGUAAUAAUCUUGUUUUUAGAAUAGUUUAAUUUCCCCGUAGGAAAUACAAGACGUUUUAUGAUAAUGAAACGUAUUUUUUGAUUUUAUCAAGAAUGUUUUCUCCUUUUGAGAAAGGAUAUGUAUACAAUCGUAAUCAAUUCCUCUGCCUCCUUUAACAAUUACUUAUCAGUUAUUCUUAGGCUGCUAUUACGAGACUUAUGACUGUGAUUUGUGAUAAUUUGCAGUUGUCCUUAUACAUACUUUAAGAACAAGAACAAUGAAGAUAUCAAAAUUUUCUAAAAUUGUUAAAAAUUGUACUGAUAACUCGAAGGCGUAUGAAAACGCAAAGCCUAGGCAGUAUUUUGAUAUUAUUUUUCAUUUUGAGCUCAUUCGAAACUAAUAUAUAUAUAUAUAUAUAUAUAUAUAUCUACAGCUGCAACUUACAAUGAACCAAUAAUAGCAAUAAUAACCGAAUUACCAUUAUACAUCAUAAUUAUACAUAUUUUGCAUUUACGAAAAGAGAGAGCGGGAUAACAGUGAUUUAUAUAGCGAGGUUGUAAGAAAGUUGGUUUUAUUUGACUGUCAGAUGAAAUGCAAAUGUGAAUUGGAUAAUAAACGAUUGCAAGUUG